CGACGUCGACCAACCGGUAAGGAUGCGUGUGCCUGCGCAGCUGCUCCUCGUACUAACAGCCGCGCUACUCUACCAAGGGUCGGAAUGCCAGCGCCGCCCGAUCAAGGAGGCGCUUUUUCUGCACAACGAAAACUUCAACAAUGCCUCGUUCGAAGACUGCGUGUGGCGCCGCGAGCGGGAGCCCUGCCCUGAUCCUGCUGUGCUCUUCAACAUGUACACGGAGGCUGAGCCGGUCAAGAAAACGGUGGAUUUGUUCAGCGAGGAUUGGCUACGCCAGAGUGGCUGGGAGCCGUCCCAUGAGACUAUCCUUCUGGUGCAUGGGUAUGCAGGUGGGGACGACACUCUACCCAUCACUGUCCUAAGGGAUGCGUACCUCCGUCGGGGCGGGUACAACGUGAUUAUGAUGGACUGGGGCGCGCUCUGUCAGCCGCCCUGCUACGUGGCAGCGGUGCACAACCUGCGCCCGGUAGCCAGAUGCGCCGCCGAAGCCCUGGGAACGCUGCGACGCGCGGGCCUACGACCCGACCACCUCACCUGCGUGGGGCACUCGCUGGGCGCCCACAUGUGUGGCAUCAUGGCCAACUACCUUAACUUUAGACUUAACCGGAUCAUAGGGUUGGACCCCGCGCGGCCGCUGAUAAGAUCAGCGCCGGCGCUCCGACUGGACCCGGGAGAUGCUCGCGCCGUCCACGUGCUGCACACUAACGCCGGGCGGUACGGCGAGGCGGCACGCCUGGGUCACGCCGACUUCUGCCUCAACGGCGGCCGCAGCCAGCCCUACUGCGAGGACACGCCCAACGAGGCGCUGUGCAGCCACAUCUGGUCGAUCUGCUACCAGGCGGAGAGUUUGUUCCGCGAGCGACAAGCCACGCCCUGCGGCCGGCGAUGCUCCGUGCGGGUGCCGCCCUCCCGCGUCUCCGCCCUGCCCGUGCCGCUGGGACAGCCCGCACCCAUGACGGCAUCGGGCGCGUAUUGUAUAGAAGAUUUCUCCACGCCGUUCUGUCCUGCGACGUCCGGCCUCGCGGAGGGCGACGACCGCUGCUGUCUAGACGCGCAGUACGCGGCCGCCGCCACCACCACCCAGCCGCCGCGGAACCGCCCACGACCGCUGGUCAGACUACGCGCUUUAGUCAAACCGGCCCUAGAUAACAGAACCGACGACUCAAGGCAGGCGAUCGCUGCUCAGACAACGCGUUUAAGUCAAACCGGCCUUAGAUAAUAGAACCGACGACUCAAGGCAGCUAGUCUGAAGUCACUCGUCUACAGCACAACCGCCCGGGACCGCUGCUCAGACUACUUGCCUUAGUCAAACCUGCCUAAGAUAAAAAAAGAUUCAAAACAACUAGUCUAACGUCGUUCAGCGGUAGCUCAGUAUUUCAUCGUAUCAGCGUACAUUGCAACAUAGAUUUAUGCCAGGAUUGUAAGAAGACUUUGUAAACGCAACCACCCGCGACUGCUAUGCGAAGCCUGAUUAAACCUGCCCCUUAUAACAAUACUGACGACUCACGGCUACUAGUCUGACCCCCAGAAGUGGUUUUAUAGUGAGAUGCAAACUUAAUGGAGGCUCCCCCUCAGGUUCGAGUGGUCUAGAGUCUCCAGACGGAGAGCAGCCUCCCCCCGUGGGGAUAUGCUAUCCACUUGGAAUACCACUAGAGGCACUCGCCAAUUCUCGGCUUGAGAUCCCCUUAGGAUCUCGCCGUCCCCAAACCCGGUGAUACUGUAAAGGUCAUCUGCGCUGCGACCAAUAACAUACACACUCAAAAAAAAAAUGGAGGCUUUGAAGUUAGAUCGAGUCGCGGCGAUGACAAUUAAAUGUAAGGUGCUGUAGACGCACGCGGGAUGUCACUGAAACCUGCGCAUAGUGGCACUCGCUGCUAGCUUCACAACCGCCAUAAAGUUUGGAUCGUAUUAUAGAUAUGGUGCGUGUAUUCAUUUUUUUCCUUUAGAUUCUUACGUAAUAAAUUUUAAACAGGGGGGUGGGGGGUCGGCCUGUCGGGAUUAAAAACAAGCGAAAAUAGUCUUACAAU